CGUGGACUUAGUGUUGGUUUAGGUGUGGAUGUGGAGAGACGUGACGGUACAGCCAUGCCGCGCCCGUGGUAGUACCAUUUUGCAGAUAUGUCACAGGUGAUCUCAAGCCCCCGAAACCCCAAGACCCAGACCCACUCCACCCAAUAGUAGCAGCAGGAGCAUGAGGUGAUGACAGCGGGUAGCGGCGAGACAAGCUGCGUACUUUCCUGUCACACCACACGGCCAGGCUGGUAUGAGGGUGUGGAGCUGCCUACCUUUACUUGUGUUUCACCUAGUCUACCUAACACAUCGAGCGUCGUGUUUCUGGUGGUAGAAGUCUGCCGCUCCCAGGAAGUUGUGAUGCGUGGUGGUCCACGAGUCGUAGACCAGAAUGAGGGAGGCGCAGCCGCACACUGGCAUCCCUACCCUGCAGUCCACCGUGCAGCUCAACAAAGCCAUCCUCUCCCAUGCAGAAGGUUUCCGGCGAGGAGAGGAUCAGCCAUUCCAUCCGAACCAUCCACACAGCAGUUUUCAAGCAACACCAAGCACCAAUUAAGCACCAGGACCAAGCAGCAAGCCUUCGCCAUAACCCUCCACACUGCCUUAUCUUAACCAAUUAAAGGCUCAGGUGUGUGGAUGGAAGCAAUGGAAGGAAGACGAAGGAGAAACAAUGGAGGAGGA